UAAAAUCUCGUUAGGAUAAUGUAAAGACGAAGAAGAUUAAACAACAACCGUGCAUCACUUGCGGAGAUAUAAAGCAGAGCAGCAUUAACAAGGCUGCGGAAAUGGACACAAGAGCCUUGAAGAACCCAUACCCCGACUAUGAUGGGAGCCCUGCGUCCACACAGGCGUUUUUUGACUACCAGGGACAGCUCACAUCAGAGUUUGCCCAGAGGCUGAGCAGCAAGGUCAGUGAGCUUUUAGCUGUCAUGGAAAAUGGGCUGAAGUCUGCAGAUCCAAGAGAUUGCACUAGUUACACUGGCUGGGCAGGCAUUGCUCUGCUCUACCUGCACCUCUACAAUGUGUUCAAGGAGGGCUGCUUCCUUCAGAGAGCACUGGAGUAUGUCAGCCGCAGCCUCAAGUGUCUGACCCGACGCCAUGACGUCACCUUCCUAUGCGGGGAUGCAGGGCCGCUGGCUGUGGCUGCUGUGGUCUACCAUCGCCUGCAGAUUGGCCAAGAGGCCGAUGAGUGCAUCAACAGACUGCUGCAGUAUCAUGAGAACGUGGUGAAGGGAGCGGGCGGGCUGCCAGAUGAGCUGCUGUACGGGCGAAUGGGCUACCUCUACUCCCUCGUCUUUAUCAACCAGCAGCUUGGGCACGACAGAAUCCCACUGCAGUACAUCCAGCAGGUCAGCGAGGCCGUGUUGGUGUCAGGCGAGCACCUCAGCAGGAAGUUCAGGGUCCAGAACCAGAGCCCUCUGAUGUACGAAUGGUACCAGGAGCAGUACGUUGGCGCCGCCCACGGACUGGCAGGCAUCUACUACUAUCUCAUGCAGCCAGGCUUCGUUGCUGUCGAGGAGUAUGUGCACAGGCUGGUGAAGCCCAGCGUCGACUAUGUCUGCCGGCUCAAGUUCCCCUCAGGAAACUACCCUCCCUGCAUCGGGGAUGACCGGGACCUGCUGGUGCACUGGUGCCACGGAUCGCCGGGGGUGAUCUACAUGCUCCUGCAGGCAUACAAGGCCUUUGGUGUUGCUGAGUACCUGGGCUACGCCUUGCAGUGUGGAGAGGUGGUGUGGCGGUGGGGUUUGCUGAAGAAGGGCUAUGGGCUGUGUCACGGCGCAGCAGGUAACGCCUAUGCCUUCCUGGCUCUCUACCGCCUAACGCAGGACCCCAAGCACCUCUACAGAGCCUGCAUGUUUGCAGACUGGUGUAUGAACUACGGCAAACAUAGAUGCCGAACACCAGACACUCCCUUCUCACUUUUUGAAGGCAUGGCGGGCACCAUCUAUUUCCUGGCCGACCUUCUGCAGCCGAUGAAAGCGCGGUUCCCAGCGUUUGAGGUGUAGACAAGUUUCUCCACAGACCGAGUUCACACCGGACCAGAUUG